GCUGCAGUCCGCCCCCGCCAUUCUCCAGCCCACACACACGGCAAAAAGGCAGCCAGCAACCAAUACGGUGCGCGCGCGGAGGAUUUCUGCCACUGACUGCUGCAGACGAGCCACGGGGAUCCACUCCACAACAGUCUGAGCCGAGGACGCUUUGGGCAAAAACUGCAAGUGCCAUGUCUCUCCCUCGGACCCUGGGUGAGUUACAGUUGUACCGCGUCCUGCAGCGGGCCAAUCUGCUCUCCUACUAUGACACGUUCAUCCAGCAGGGCGGCGACGACGUGCAGCAGCUGUGCGAGGCGGCAGAGGAGGAGUUUCUAGAGAUCAUGGCUUUGGUGGGAAUGGCUACUAAACCUCUGCACGUGCGGCGUCUGCAGAAAGCUCUGAGGGACUGGGCCGCUAACCCCGCUGUGUUCAGCCAGCCCGUGUCCUCCGUGCCUCUGGGGGCACUACCAAUGUUUAAAGUGGAAGGGACAGGGACCAGAGCGGGCAAGAGUCUGAGCAACGGGCAGCCGGGGUCUCCAUGUGAAAGGGAGGACAGAGCCUGCCUGACCCCCAUGCACAGCGGCAGCCCCAGGAGCCCGUGCUCUCAGCCAUCUCCCCAGCCUCCGGACCACCACUACCGGGACAAACUCUCUCCCAUGGACCCCCAAUGGCUUUGCCCCGACCAGGAUGCCAACUGCCCCUCUGGCCCAGACGAAGAUACCCCCAGCCCCCCUCUCCUCUCCAUCUGCGCCCUGCCCUCCGCCUCCCCCAGCUCCUCCUCUACUCUAUCGGCCUGGUCGGGCGGUCAACUUGAUCCGGACACAGCCAAAGCAGUGAUAGAGAGUGUAGAUAGACUGUUAAGGACACUACCCAGAUCAGAUCCUACAGAGGUGAAGACGCUGCUAAGGAUGAACAAGAAGAUGGCAAAGACAGUGGGGCAUAUCUUCAAAAUGGGGGCGCAAGAUGUGAACAAGGAAGAGGAGAUCAGGAAAUACAGUUUGAUCUAUGGACGGUUUGAUUCGAAAAGGAGAGAGGGCAAACAGCUCACGCAUCAUGAGCUGAUCAUAAACGAAGCGGCCGCUCAGUUCUGUAUCCGAGACAACGCCCUCCUCCUCAGACGCGUCGAGCUGUUUUCUUUGGCUCGGCAAGUGGCCCGAAAAUGCGCCUACGCCUCGACCCUGAAACAUGCCAGGACCAACGCAGAGGAGAAUCACAUACUGCCUCUGAAGAGACCAAGACACGAGGUUUUGGUUCCUGAAAACUUGUCUCUUUUGAGCGUGGAAGGCCCUGAGAAUCUGAACCAACGCAACGAUGAAGACAGUUUAUCAGCGGAGAGUCUGGACAGUGUCUCACAUGAUGUCGGAUCGCAGUGUAACAAGUCGCCCUCUCCCCGCCCACACAACGACUCGUCCAAUCACGCGAACUGGAGUCGUCACCUGAUGCAGCAGACUCUGAUGGACGAAGGGCUGCGAUUGGCCAGACUGGUGUCACAUGACCGGGCGGCCAAAAUCAGCCUGGCGCCAGAGGGAAACCAUACAACAGAACACGACAACAACAGAAGAACCAUCGCAGUGUGCAGAAGCAGUAGCCCCAGUGUCACCAAAGAGGAGUCUUAUCAUCGAGCCAAAUGAACAAGGGCACUAUUAUAAACUCCAUCUAUCCAUAAGAAACUAUUAUAAACUUAAAAUCACAGAUCCUGCUAUGCUGUGAACAUGUGCUGUAUUCACUGGGGUUGUCAAAAGUAUCGAAAAUCAGAUACUAAUCAAAACUAAAACUAGUAUCGAAACUAGAACUCAUUUGAUCAAGUACUGAUUAUAUAAAAGUCAUUGUGUCAUCCUUAGUAUCGAAGUCAAGUUUGAAAUGUUAGUACCAUGACAACACUAGUAUUCACUAACAUGACCACUUGCAUGACUAAAAUAAAAAACAAAAUAGCUUUAAAAAUUGUUUAAAUUAGAUACAUUUUCUGUUAAGUUAAUUAUUUCCAAAACAGUGAAUUGUCCAUAGAGUUAAACAGGCCCCUGCCCUCUAUCUGAAAUUUCUACAACAAGUUAAACCCGUAUUGUUGUGUGUAUGAUUAUGUUUUCAUUUGGCUUGUUUGACUUUGGUGGGGCAGUAGGUGGCAGUAUAACUUUGUAAAAUAAAUUAAUGUUUAUAAUGGGGCACGGUGCGGACGUCAUUGUACAGUAUUGUAACAUAUAAAAAAUAUAGAGAGCUUUUUGUAGAUAGAGACGUGUAGAUUUUGUGCAGCUGAUAUUUAGAGUUGUGGUAACAGAUUAGCUCAAAACACAGUGUAACUACCUGCAUUCGCUCAUGUUCAGGAACUGUACUGUAUAUUAUAAUAUUGAAAAAUGUGUAACUUAUAUGGCUUGAUUUUCAAUGCAGCAGCUUCUAAGUUCAGAUCUUACCCUCAGAGCAGUGGUUUUCAGUUGGCCAAUCAGUGUGGUUUGGGGAAUUGAACUGGUGAUCUUCCCGUUCAGGGGUAAUUGCUCCGUUCAAACUACAACUUAUCAGCAUCUCACGAUGUAAAGGCUAUGUUUUGGUAAAGAGGUGGGUAGUAGUCAAAAAUUGUAAGUAAGAGUCCUGUUACUUCAACAAUAAUAGUAGUACAAAGAUAUUAAAUUACUAAAGACAUAAACUACUCAAGUAAUAGUAACAGUAAGAGUAACUGUUUUGAGGUAACUUCAGGUUUGUUAUUUGAAGUGAAUGUAAUUGGAAAGUUUAAAUAAUGAACAAAAUCUGGUAUUUUCAAACAGACACAAAAAUGAGACAAACUAAAUCAUCUCAAAUAAUUUCAUAUCGUCAACAUAAAGCUUUUUUCACUUGUGGACUUACUCAGUACGAAGUAAAAGUCUGUUGUGGGGAUGAACUGACCCAGCUUUUUCAGUUCCGAUACCGAUAUCAGUUCUUGUCGAUACCUGAUAUUAACCAAUACCUGUGUAGGGACAGAAAUGGGACUUAUUUCCUUAAAACACAGUUAGGUUAUUACACAAGAGAUCAAAUAGUGUUAUGUAACGGUUGUUUACCCUUCAAAUAACAACUGAACAGCUUUGUAUGAAUAAAAGUUACAAAUACUAGUUUUUCAGUAUCGGCUCAGAUAUUUUGAUACCAGUAUGGGAAUCUGUGCAUCCCUAAUUUUACUUUGUCAAAUAUAUUACUCAAGUUGGAGUAAAAGUAUGAUGUCUGAAAAAUCCUCUGAGAAGUACAGUUGUAUUUAAAAAGUUACUGAGUAGUACCCACCUCUGUUAAUAUAGAAAGAAAUACUCAAAGUAUUGAUUUUUUUGUAUCUGUUUUGUAAUAAAAACAACUUCUUCAAAAGUGAACAAAUAUAAAACAUAAUUUGAUCGGGUAAAUGUUGAGUCCAAUUAUGAAACCACUGCUUGUGCAUCUUCCACCUUCCCUCUCGCAACCUCCAGUGACCUCUUUGGUUUAUUACGUUGCAGAUUUAGAGAUUAUUUAUUUUGUUACAUCAUAAUAAAUGUUAUUUUAUUGCAC